CAUCUACUCCGCCGCCCACCAUUCCGUCGUCCUUAUGCAACGUUCAAUUCCCUCGUUUCUUUCAUUGUAUACGCGAUCAGCAUGGAGCAACCAGCAGAACGUGGUAUGGCACCGAACUUAUUUCCGUCGAUUCUCCACUUCACGACCUCGACUUGAUUUUCACUUUGACACUCACCACUUUGUUCAACGGCUCGAGCGGGAAGGGCUCAAUCGAGCACAAGCAGAGGGUAUCAUGUCCGCCAUAGCAGAAGUCAUCGACGAGAGCAUACGGAACAUGACGAGUAACAUGGUGACGAAGGCUGAUCAGGAGAAGCAACACUACACACAACAAGUCGACUUUGCACAACUCAAAUCCGAACUGCAGCUUAUGGAGAAGAACGACCUUGCCAUCAUCAAAGCCGAGAACGACCGAUUGUUAAACGACAUCGAGAAGCUUAAGCAGCGAUUACGAGAAGAAAUAACUCGAACCCAGGCUGGGGUACGGCUGGACCUGAACUUGGAAAAGGGCAGGCUGAGGGAAGACAGUGCCGGCCAGGUGUUGAAGGUCAGGGAGGUCGACACACGGAUAGAACAGGAAAUCGCCGGGUUGCGGACAGCGAUACAGGCGUCCAAGGCUACGACCCUCCAAUAUAUCGUAGGAGUCGUCACCACCUGUUCCGCGCUCCUCAUGGCCUACCUAAGAUUCCGGGCAUGACGAUACCCAGCUUUUCCAAGCCCUCCUUGGAUACCUUACUCUAUCAGUUGUAAUCUACGCUAAAUUACAUCUGGCAUAAUUGGAUCCUAAAGAAACGUGAGGCGCGACAAUGAUGAGCCUUCAAGCUUCAAGAGAGGAGAAAGGAUCGGUGGUGUUUAAUAUUUGACAAUAUGAAAUGCGUCGUUGGUUUAGCAGUACAAUACACCUAUCAUAUGGGUCCUUUCAGGACCAGUCUGGCCAGUAGACGUAUAAUGAAUUCUUUGCGUAGUAGAAGAAUGAACUCGCUCCAAUGUCGCCAAAGUUGUUCCGCAAGGGAUGGUUUUUUAACUCAUACCUACUUACGC